AUGGCGGAGUCCGAGGCCGCCGCCGAGGACCUGGACGCCUUCAUCGACGACCUGGACUACCUCCCGGGCCACUUCCACCUGGAGAUGCAGCUGAACUUCGAGCCGCGCUCGCCGGCCUCGCUCCGCGCCCGGGACCUGAAGCUGCAGCGGGAGGGACUGCGGCAGGAGCUGGAGCUGGCAGCCGCUCCGCAGCGCCCCGCCGUGCGCCACCUCCUGGGAGCCUUCGCCUUCUACCUGGAGGAGCUGGACGAGGCCCGCGAGCGCUUCCUCGAGGUGGCCCGCGAGGAUCCGGGUAACCUCAACGCCUGGGCCAAUCUGGCGCACGUGUACGGGCGGCUGGGGCAGGAGGAAGAGGAGGAAGCGUGCGCCGGGCAGCUGGCCAGCCUCAUGGGCCUGGCGGGGGACCGCGGGGCAGCCGACGACCCCCAGCUCCGCGCAGCGCGCUGCCUGGCGGAGCAGGGCUACGCACACGGCUUCGACGUGGGCUGCGCCAGCCCAGAGGAGCGAGCUCGCGUGCUGGAGGCUGGCAUCGCCCUCUACGACAAGGCUCUGGGCUGUGCGCAGCAGAUCCCGAUGGAGGAGAAAAGGGGCUGGUACUUCACCAUGGCAACGCUCUUCAUCAGGUUAGAUGGCAUAUUCCUGGAGCUGGGCAGCGAGGAGCAGAAGAGGCUGCCGGCCUUCAACCGCACGCUGGCCCUGCUGCAGCAAGUCCUCAAGUCCUCGGACCCCCAGCCCCGAGCUCUGGCCUGGUGCUACCUGGGGAUGCUGCUGGAGAGGAAGGGCACCUUCUCCACCACGCCCAUGGGUGUCCAUGACUGCGGGUUUUCGGGAACUGACCCCCUGGACUGCUUUGGCAAGGCCAUCGAGAUUGCCAAGGACCAACUUCCCAUCCUUAAUCGCCUAGCCAAAAUCUUCCACUUCCUCGGAAAGCAGGAAAUGGCCAUUGGCACCUGCAACAUGGCCCUGGACGUCCUACGAGAUCCAGAGCUCAACUGGCAGGCGUACUGCACAAGGGCCAAGAUCCACAUCAGAGCCUACCUGCACGACCUGGAGCGAGGCAAGCUGGGGCUUGGGGGCAUGCCUGACAGGAACCACCUGGCCUGCGCCAAGGCUGACCUCGAGGAAGUGGUCAAGGUGUGCCCAGGCCUCAAGACCUACCUGGACAUCGGCCAGGUCUACUACUACAUGGGCGUGGACGCCGUGCAGGAGCUGCUGGCGGUGGACGAGGCGGCGCUGAACCAGGCGCUGGUCUUCCUGGCCAAGGCCGGCGAGUCGGAGCUGGGCGCCAUGCUGCCGGAGCUGCAGCUGCUGCGCGGCAAGUGCCUGCGCAUCAAGGGCGAGGAGGCCAACGCGGCGGCUUGCUUCAAGCGCGCCGUGGAGCUGGACGACGCGGGCUGCAGCCACGCCGAGGGCUUCGGCUGCCUGCUCGAGGCGCUGCUGGCGCAGUGGAGCCAGGCGCAGCUCAGCGACGGCGAGGUGGGCCGCGAGGUGGACGUGUGGCUGCGUCGCGCCCGGGACAAGUACCCGGCGGCGCGCCUGAGGCAGGAGCUGCAGCGCGUGUGGCGCGCGCACACGGACGAGGUGCUGGGGCUGGCCCGGGCCUUGGUGGCCCAGGGACGGCCCGCGCUGGUGCGGCUGCUCUUCGAAACCAUGGAGCGCAAGGGCGAGGGCGCGAGCUCCCUGCGGGACCGCCGCGCGUUCUCCGUCUGA